CCGGGCUGCUGGAUGAUGGCGCUGACGGGGCUGCUGCUGGUGGAGCUGGGUCUGUAUGCCAGCUGUUUCGUCUGUGGGAUCGUUACCGCCGCGUCCCUCACAAUUGUCCAGGGUAAUUUUGGAGGUCUGUGCAUGCUGUAUGGACUCGUCAGCUACAAUGCAACAGCGAGCACCAUUGGAGUGCAGUCAUCCAGCUCCUCGUCUCUGUGUUACUUUGUGUCAGCUAUAUCCGUCAUGGUGGCAGUGGUGUGUUUCUCCCUGUCUCUCUACUGGAUGUACACAUUCUGCAUCGACGGGGACAUCAGAAGGGAGCGCAUGUGGAUGAACCUGAUCGUUGCCGUGUGUGGAGUCUUCCUGUUCUUCCUGCUCAUCACGGGGUGCAUGCUGAAGAUUGGACGCGAUUCGCUCUGCACUUCGGUCAUACAGACCGUUCCCAACAUUACCAGAUGUGAGGAUGCCCAGACUAGAAAAUGGGUCAGUCCACUUAAAGGUGGAAGGUUCUACAACAGCCUACACAAAGCAGAGACGGCCGUGUGGGUCAACUUCUUCUUCUGGCUCAUCAUCGGGGUUCUGGUGGUCAUUCAGAGGCGUCAGAGUUCAGGGUCGAAGCUGUUGGUAGGAGGGCACGGAGACUACGGCGGGCCAGCUGGAGGGCUCUUCGGUGAUCCGGGAGUGACAGCUGCAGAGACGGAGCCAUUUUUCAACCGUCCUGCAAGACCACAGUGAGGAGGGGUGUUACAGAGGAACUUACAAACACACAUACAGUAACACAAAAUGAUAAUGUGGGAGUAGAUGUGGAAAAAGGGUAAAUACACACAAUAUGCUGUAGUUCUGAUAUUCCAGUGUAUAUUUACACAUUUUCUGAAAUCAGCAAUCACAGUAAUUCGGGAUUGACUUUGUUUGUUUUAGGGUAUUUCGGCCCCUAGAUACAAUAGAAGCAUUUCCCCUCGACGAGGAUGGGAUUCGAACCCACGCGUGCAGAGCACAAUGGAUUAGCAGUCCAUCGCCUUAACCACUCGGCCACCUCGUCACAUGCAACAGCAGCCAAAAAAACACAAACUGUGCAGAAGCUGUGUCAGACUGACGCAGAAUGACUACAUAUCUCAAAGAUUUAUCUGUCAACAUGUCAAUUUACCCGUUUCCCACAUCUCACUAACUAACCAAAGCCAAUUCACAUGUCUGACUACUGAAGCACACAGAAUUUGUGUGUAUUUGUCCAUUCCCAAUGUUUCUGUUUCUGAGUAUGUUUACAUAACCAACAUAUUAACAUAUUAAUUGGAGGCAUUCAUUUUAUAUUUCAUCAGUGUGCUCAAAUUUUGUAUUUUUGAUGUUACUGGCAAAUUACAAUGAGUGUUUCAUAUAUGUAAAACACAUUUGCACCCAUUUUUCAAAUUAACGUCAUUAUUGUAAAAUGUCAAAACUAAACGGCGUAAAGUAAAAAAAAAAAAAAAAAGCUUCUGAAAAGUGAUAUUGUGAGUUUUUACUCCAGUUUUGUUGCUGUAUAUUGUCUUUAUUCUUUAUUUAUGAUUCAUUUGACAUUGAGGCUCAGGCAAAUGUGAAAUAAACUACUGCUUGAAGAGACAUUCACUACAGGCUGAAACAACAGGAAUAAUGCACAUUACAUACGUUACAUCCAUUAUGUUACAUCAUAUUACAAAUCAUUCCAGGUUCACUCAGACAUGCUUAUUAAUGUUAAAACAUCUGUGUCGUGCAGUCGUGCAUCAUGAGUGAAUGAACUUCAAAUGGGUAAAUGUCAAGAUCUCAACCACAAGGCUGUUUG